AUGAUCUCGCAAAAGAUGGUAGCAGCUCACACCUCUGCUCAUUCCUCAGCCUCUUCAGAAUGGAUCGCCUGUCUGGACAAACGACCAGCAGAGCGAUCUGGAGAAGACGUGGACAUCAUCAUGGCUCAUCUGAAACGGGUGAAAGCAUUCGAGAAGUUCCACCCAGCCAUGCUGCAGCAGAUUUGUCUGUGUAGCUACUACGAGUGCCUGGAGAAAGGCGUCACAUUGUACCGACAGGGUGAUAUUGGCAGGUGUUGGUACACGGUCCUCUCAGGCUCUCUUGAUGUAAAAGUCUCAGAAACUGCAAAUCAUAAGGAUGCAGUCACCAUUUGCACGCUGGGCAUCGACACAGCAUUCGGGGAGUCGGUUCUGGACAAUACGCCACGUCAUGCCACUAUUGUAACCCGAGAGUUCUGUGAGCUGCUGCGCAUUGAGCAGAGGGAGUUUAGAAGCCUGUGGGAGAAGUAUCGUCAGUGCAUGGCUGGUCUCCUGGCCCCUCCGUAUGGUGUUAUGGAGAGUGUGACCAAUGAUAGAACACUUGACAAAGAGAACCUUGGUGACAAUUCUCUAGGAUCAGCGGCAAAACAGUUGAACAAGAGAUCAUUUCAUGAAAACAUUGCCCAUCUCAAUCUCAAAUCUAUCAUAGAGGUACCAUCCGAGAAGAUCUUGAGAGCAGGUAAAGUACUGAGGAACGUCAUCCUCACCCAAGCAUCUCACAUGAUUCGGGACAGGAAGUACCACCUGAAGAUGUACAAGCGGUGCUGUGUGGGUACAGAGCUGGUUGAUUGGCAUAUGCAGCUGGGUUCGUGUGUGCACUCAAGAGUUCAGGCUGUUGGGAUGUGGCAGGUGUUGCUAGAGGAGGGCGUACUCAACCAUGUUGAUCAAGAGCAGAAUUUCCAGGACAAGUACCUGUUCUAUCGCUUCCUGGAUGAUGAACAGGAGGAUGCACCAUACCCCAGUGAUGAGGAGAAGAAAGAAAGUGAGGAGGAACUGCAGGACACCCUCCUCUUCCUGUCUCAGAUGGGCCCUGAUGCCCAUAUGCGCAUGAUCCUUCGAAAACAGCCUGGCCAAAGGUCAGUAGAUGAUUUGGAGAUCAUUUAUGAGGAGCUGCUUCAUAUAAAAGCUUUAUCACAUCUCUCUACUACAGUAAAAAGGGAGCUAGCAGGUGUCAUUGUUUUUGAGUCUCAUGCAAAAGCAGGAACAGUAUUGUUUAAUCAGGGAGAGGAAGGCACCUCGUGGUACAUCAUCCUAAAAGGAUCAGUUAAUGUAGUUAUAUAUGGGAAGGGGGUGGUUUGCACACUGCAUGAAGGAGAUGAUUUUGGGAAGCUUGCUCUGGUGAACGACGCACCGCGUGCAGCCUCGAUUGUCCUGCGAGAGGAUAACUGCCAUUUCCUGAGGGUGGACAAAGAGGAUUUCAACAGGAUCCUCAGGGAUGUAGAGGCAAAUACUGUGCGGUUGAAGGAACAUGAAGAGGAUGUUUUGGUUCUUGAGAAGAGCAACAUCAGGAGUUCUUGUCAUGCAGUCUCCUCACCAUACAAGUACACUGUGAUGUCAGGAACUCCAGAGAAGAUUGUGGAACACUUCCUAGAGACCAUGAAACUAGAUUCUAAGUUUACAGAGUCAGAACCAGCAAUAGAUGACUUUUUGCUUAUGCACUGUGUAUUUAUCCCCAAUGCUCAGCUAUGUCCACUCCUGAAAGCUCACUACCAGGCACAGGCGUCUCAGGGCAGCGAACAGGAGAGACUGGACUACGAUCUGAAUAACAAGCGCAGGGUCAUCCAGCUGGUGCUGCAGUGGGCUGCUAUUAACACCCCCCACCUGCAGGAGGAGGACAGCUCGCUGGCCUUCCUCCAGGAAUUUUAUAUAUCAGUGUCUGAAGAUGCCAAACUUAUUCCUGCACUGAAAGAUCAGCUUUCAGAGCUGGAGAAAGUCCUCAAGCAAAAUUUAGAAGAUGGGAACCCCUCUCAGAAAAAGCACAAGGUUCUCCUCCGUCAGUUCAGUAUGGGUGAUGAGAAACGGCAGCCAAUCAAGAGCACAGAUGAAAUCCUGUUUAAAGUCUACUGCAUUGACCACACUUACACCACCAUCCGAGUGCCUGUUUCUGCCUCUGCCCGAGAGGUUGUGUCUGCUGUAUCAGAUAAGCUUGGCUCACAAGACGACCUUCUCCUCGUUCACCUGAGCUCAUCUGGAGGUAAAGUAGUGCUGAAGCCCAAAGAAGUGUCUAUCUUCUCCUCUCUCACUAUUAACGGCCGCCUGUUUGUCUGCUCCAGGGAACAGCUUAACUCUUUGACUCCACUGCCAGAGCAGGAAGGUCCAUCUGGUGGUUCCAUGUCCAGCUUUGAGCUGAUGAGCUCUAAAGAUCUGGCCUACCAGAUGACUCUGUACGACUGGGAACUUUUUAACUGUGUGCAUGAGCACGAGUUGAUCUAUCACACAUUUGGACGGCAGCACUUUAAGAAAGCUACGACAAAUCUGGAUCUUUUCCUUCGUCAUUUUAAUGAGAUCCAGCUAUGGGUGGUGACAGAGAUGUGCCUUUGCCCAGCCCUCAGCAAACGUGUCCAGCUGCUGAAGAAAUUCAUCAAGAUAGCUGCUCACUGUAAAGAGUUUAGAAAUCUGAACUUGUUCUUUGCCAUUAUUAUGGGAUUGGGUAAUCCAGCAGUAAGUCGACUUAGUCAGACGUGGGAGAAACUGCCAAGCAAGUUUAAAAAAUGUUACAAGGAGUUUGAGAGCUUAAUGGACCCCUCUAGGAACCACAGAGCAUAUCGCCUCACUAUGGCAAAACUGGACCCUCCCAUCAUCCCCUUUACGCCUUUACUCAUUAAAGACAUGACCUUUACUCAUGAGGGCAACAAGACAUUUACUGAGAAUUUGGUGAACUUUGAGAAAAUGCGAAUGAUUGCCAACACGGUCCGGAUAAUGAGGUACUGCAGAAGCCAGCCAUUCAACCAUGAAUCUCCUUUGGCCUCUAAGAACAAUCAGGACAUUCGGCUCUACGUGCGACAGAUCAGUGUGAUUGACAACCAACGUGCCCUGUCACAACUUUCUCACAAGCUGGAGCCCCGGCGGCCCUGAUCCCAGCCCUGCAUUACCCAUGCUGCAUCACUACUGCCAGUGAAUAAGCUAGCUGUGUAUGUGUCAAGCAUAUAAAGCUCUUUCUCCCAUGAUCAGUAGGAACCCAGGCAUACACACAGUAAUAUUGUAUGUGCCAUUUGUUUUGAUUUAAAUGUAUUGUGAAGUUAUUCAAGACAAUCUUUUGCAGUUUUGUUUUUCUAUAUGUGUAUAAUAUAUUUUAUUAUUUUGAGAUGU